UUACCCGUCACGAGACGCAUGUGUAGCCUGUCUCCACCUCCACCCACGUGCCCCAGGCGUGCCCCUCCCCCAACUGUCCACAAUGAAAGUGCACGCCUGAGGCAAAACCCGGCCCCUCAAAUACCAGACCGGUCAUUCGUGAGAGGCACAGCCGGCAGACGGCCGCCAGAGUAAAGACCGACAAUGAAUUGGCUUCUCAAACGGGUCUUUCUCUUAUGCGCUGUCCACUGUUCUCUUGUAGAAUGUGUUGCGAUUUUCUCGAUCAUCGGAGAUCAAGUUAAGUUUCCCGCGCUGAAAGGACGCGAGUUGAAAGGAUGCGAGCUGCGGCAUUGCCCGCGCGAUGCCAGCGAUCGUCUGGUGGCCGCGUGGGACGAUAUUUGGACGUCGGCACCAGACUUCCGAGACCGGAUGACUCCGAACGAGACCGUCACCUUAAACAGCGCAAACGCCAACGACGCAGGACUGUACGAGCUCGCGUGCGGCACCGGCGAAGUCAUCCAGCCUUUGGUCCACGUGCACGUUUUUCUAAGCACCAAUCGCACGGUGACCGAGGGGGACUCGGUCUCCUUCGCGUCCUACGCAAACACGAGGGGACGCGGGGUCUUCACGGUGGCUCGAAACGAAAAGCCGGUGUUCGAACUAGACUACGGGUCCGGGAAACAGACCCGCGGUCCCGGGUUCGAGGACAGGGUAUCCAUCUCCCCCCAGUGGAAGGAUGAGGGGAACUUGGCGAUGACGCUGAAAGGGGCGACGACUGCAGAUGAAGGCGUUUACUUUUUCUACGUCCGAGACAAACUGGGAGAGACGGUGCCGCUCCAUGCUGCGAGGCUGAAAGUCAACACGCGCGUCCCGGAUCAGACCACCAGCGGCCCGGCCACUCAGAGCGAGAACAACAUCUGGACUGCUGUCCCCAUCACGAGCGCACUUCUGGUGGGGCUGGCGGGGCUGGUGGCGGGGCUGGCGGCGGGGCUGGUGGUGGGUCGCAAGGCCCCCUCUCUGCUCGGACACUUGAAGACGUGCCGCUCCAGGUCCCGCUGCAGCCCAGAUGUGGCUUCACAUCCAGCUGCGGCAGCAAAGCUACUGAACGGGAACUCUCGGAUCCCUGAAGCCUCUUUGGAAAGUUUCCACGCAGAGUCCAAAGUCUGAACACGCAACAAAUGUUCUCCUGCUGGAUGUCUGUUACUUCCAAGUAAAUGAUACAUUGUGUCAUUGUGUCAUUACACCAGUGUUGGGAGGAUUUUAAUCCUUAAAGUCAGGCCACCCAGCAGUCCAGAGAUCGGGCCGGAUAGGCCCUAAUAGGCCCAGUUCCACCCGAUCAACCGUUUACGAGUGUAUUAGCCAAUUCUGAAUCUGGAACAUUUGUGCGGGAUGGAUUAACAUGUGGCCAAAGUCCAGGAAAUGUUUCUUAAAUAUUUAUUUGAGAAGAUGUAUUUUUUAUGUAUUUAAUAAAAUAAAGAAAUAAAUCAACUCCCUGUUCACAUUCUUUUAGCCUGCAUAGGCUACAGGAACCUUAUUGCCCAAACAGCCCAGAAUAAAGUGACAUGGCCGAUAUUAUUAGGAAUAAAGUCUGUUGGGGGAAAAUUGUUGAGCCUGCGUG